CAUAGCCCUGAACUGUCCAUCAUGUUUCUCUGUCUAUAUAGAGUGUGCUCUUAAUCCUUAAACCAUUUGCAGCCUGGACACCAAACAAAGACACUGAUUUCCUCCUCACUUGAGAGACCUAAAUUGAACCCAAAUCAUGAAAACGAGCUUCUUUGGCAAGCUGAAGAACAUCGGCCCUCCUCCGGCGCCACCUAGAAGGACAGGCCACAGUGACAACAUUGGGUGGAAACAGCCUGCGUUUGAGGAGGAAGAGGAAGGGGACAUGUAUGAAGCCCCUCCUUGCGAGCGUCCAGCUGUCAACGUCCCACAGAGACAAGUGGAAGAAAAUGUUUAUAUGGAAAGAGCAACCAGAGUUUCCGUUCCUCAAAGAAUGGCCGCACCACCAUCAAGGCUUGGUGUCAAACCCCAGAAGCCUCAACAACAUCCCAAAGAGCCCUGCUUUGAUCCCAACACCAAGAAGCCACCUGAGGUAGACAGAAAUGAGAAGCCUGGCAGGAAAAAGAUGACGCCUCCUCCGGCAGUGCGACAUGCUCCAACUCCCUUUCUUACAUCUAACAUGGAGGAAGAUGUUUAUCUAGAUCCAAAUGAAGAACAGGGGGAUAAUGACGACCUCUAUUUAGAACCAGCAGCUGCUUGCCCUCCGGCCCCCCAAGGCCCGAUAAGAAUGUCUUCGUCUACGAAGACAUCACUCACCCCUUCACCUGUAACGAAGCCUCCAGUUCCCAGAGCAAAGUCGAAUUCCUUCCUGCCCUCAUUGAUAGAGGCAAAGACAGCUCCUACCUUUGAAGCAAGACCUGACACCUAUUCCUCCAAACCGCCCCCACCUAAGCCAGGUUUUAAGCCCCCUCUGCCAGCCAUGCUCAGCCCUCCAAAUCCUCAUGUGACGGAUAUGAAGCAUGCAAACCCCGGUGGAGUAACCAGAGUAAACGAAGAGUCAGAGAAUGAGGACCCAGAAUGGUUUGCAGGGGAUUGUAACAGGAAGACAGCAGAAGAUCUCUUACUGAGAGUCAAUAUGGACGGCACUUUCCUCAUCCGACACAGCUCGGCCCAGAACGCCCGCCAACCUUUCACCCUGGCUGUGCUCUACCAGCAGAAGGUCUAUAACAUUCCCGUCCGCUUCCUGGAGGAGAUGCAAGGCUUUGCUCUGGGAAAAGACGGCAAGAAAAGCGAAGAAGUUUUCAACAGCCUGGAUGAGAUGGUUAUGCACCACAAGCUGUGCCAGCUUUAUCUCAUAGACAGCAAGAGUCAAGCCAAGCACGCUGUCUAUUUAACUCAGCCGGCACGCCGUUAGAGCAUCUCAGAGGCGUGACAUGCAAUCAGAUGACGUGUCACAUGAAAAAUGCAUAAGAGGCGUCACUCGCAGGCCAUAUUAUUACCUACACCUCCACAAUAUUAUCCAAUUGAAUAUAAGAACUUCAUGAAAUGGUGUAUUUUGAUUUUGCAAAGCUUCUGUAUCAUUGGACUGUUCCUGUUCCUAAUGAAGUGUCUUAUGAAUAAAGAUAAUUGCGCUUA